AUUCCGCCAAGCUGAGGUGAGCAGGUGGAACUUUCCUCUCCUCUCUCUCUCUCUCUCUGUUGCUGUGCCUCGGCCUCUUCCACCGCCGCCGCGUUCGCUGCCUGCGCCACACCAUCAGCGACCUCGCCGCCGGCGACGGCACGCACCAAGCCAGCCGCCCUUCCUCGCCUCCCACGGAAGCCUUCUCGCGCGCUUCCGGGGGCGUCUAUCCUGACAGGUCAUAGCCUCCUCUUUCUGCCUGGCUCCUCGUCACCAUCCACUGGCGCUGAGCCGGCGUGCGGGUGGAGAUCCAUUCGCCUUUGGAUUGACUUCUUCGUUUAUCGGUUGAAGCGGCUUGAUUUGCUCACCAGAAAUCAGACUUUCGAGUGGAAUUCCCUUAAUAUAGCAAUGCACUAGGGUUUACUGUUCACUAGUAGGCUACUGUCUCUGCUAUUAGGAAGCUGACAACUGUCGUUUCCAAAGCUCUUUGAAGUUUGUGUUGGGGGGCGUUGCUAUUCUGGGUGAUAACAUGAUAAAGCAGUUCCUUGGCCGGCUCCCCAAGAAGCCAUCCAAAUCCGGAGAUAAGGAUCCUAUUGGCCGGUCCAGCCCCUCAGUGUCGCAUCCAUCAUUGGGUCCAAGAGCUGGAGACAGGGCCGCCAACUCGAGUAGUCAUCCACCGGUUAUCUCCAGCUUUGGGCUCAGUUAUGGGAGUGGCAUGCAUGUCGGCAAUGCAAACGUGAGGGCACACGUGAAUGGUGAUUCAGCCACAUCAGCAUUUCUGUCGUUACCGAGCUUUAAGGAUGUGCCCAACACAGAGAAACAGAGCUUGUUCAUCAAGAAGCUGAACUUGUGCUGCAUCCAAUUUGACUUCACCGAUCCAACAAAGAACAUCAAGGAGAAGGAGAUAAAGAGGCAAACUUUGGUGGAGCUUGUUGACUAUAUUGCUUCGGCCACUGGGAAAUUUUCUGAGGCAAGCAUGCAAGAGAUCACAAAAAUGGUUUCUGCAAACCUAUUCAGGACACUGAGUACCCCUCCCAGAGAGAACAAAGUGGAUGGCUUUGAUCUGGAUGAGGAGGAGCCUGUCAUGGACCCUGCAUGGCCACACCUGCAGAUUGUUUAUGAGUUGUUCUUGAGAUUCAUUCAGUCUCAAGAGACCGACGCCAAGUUGGCUAAACGAUACAUUGAUCACUCAUUUGUUCUGAGGCUACUCGACCUCUUUGAUUCAGAGGACCCUAGGGAGAGAGAGUACCUCAAGAUGAUACUUCAUCGUGUCUAUGGAAAGUUCAUGGUUCAUCGGCCCUAUAUUCGGAAAGCCAUUAACAACAUUUUCUAUCAGUUUAUCUAUGAAACUGAAAAACACAAUGGAAUCGCAGAGCUAUUGGAGAUUUUGGGAAGUAUCAUCAAUGGGUUUGCAUUGCCACUUAAGGAAGAGCAUAAAUUGUUCCUCGUUCGGGCUUUAAUCCCACUUCACAAGCCAAAGUGCAUUGCGAUGUAUCAUCAGCAACUGUCUUACUGCAUCACCCAGUUUGUCGAAAAGGAUUGCAAACUUGCAGAUACAGUUAUCAGAGGCCUGUUAAAAUAUUGGCCCAUCACUAAUAGCUCCAAAGAGGCGUUAUUUCUGGGGGAGUUGGAAGAGAUAUUGGAAGCUACGCAACCUGCAGAGUUUCAGAAGUGCAUGGUCCCUCUCUUCCGCCAGAUUGCGCGGUGCCUGAAUAGCUCACACUUUCAGGUGGCCGAGCGGGCAUUAUUUUUGUGGAACAACGACCAUAUCGAGAGUCUGAUCAAACAAAAUAGUAGGGUUAUACUACCUAUCAUCUUUCCUGCACUGGAGAAAAAUACCAGUGGGCACUGGAACCAAGCUGUGCAAAGCCUUACUCUAAAUGUUCGAAAACUGUUCUCUGACCAUGAUCCUGGACUAUUCACCGAGUGUCUGCGGAAAUACGAGGAAGAGAAAGCGAAAGAGAAGGAGGUUAAGUUGAAGCAAGAAGCCACAUGGAAGCGCCUUGAGGAGAUUGCGUCAGCGAAAGCGACAAGCGGUGCAGCAGUUCUCGUCUCUCGACCCUUGUCCCGUCAAUCUUCAGCUGUGUAGCAAAAUCAAAAUUGUUCAUCUGGUGUUCAUGAAACAUUGUACAGGAUUGAGUUGUAUAUACGAGGUAUAUUAAGGUGGGCAAAUUGAGAAACGAUAUGAUAUGAUCUGAGAAGCCAGCUGGGUUAGGCACAGUAGCAUCAUUUUCUUGAUCCUGUAUCAUUAUAUUUAGCAUCGUCAGGAGUUGGCUAUGAUUUAAUUGUUUUCACCUGCUGGUCCUGCAAUCUUCCCAUGGGUAUCUGUUUCAGAGACAAAAUUGGCUUGGCGGUAGUCGGUGGAUAGAACCCUAGUUUAGAGUCUGAAAAUGAGUCAUGUUGUUGUUCUUGAGUCUGAAAUUGUUGUGAAUGGAAGUACAAUUUUCUGUGAAGAUGUAAUUCAUAUGCGCAA